CAGCUGGCCGGGUUUAGCGGUUUACUACACGUCAGUCCAACAAGGAACGCCGCGACGAAACCACGGUGCUGCCUAGACUGUGUUGCUCGAGAUUCUUUUGAUGAUGCGUCACUGACCAUCUGCCGGUGCUGCUUGUGGCGUGCAGUGGUGACUCGUGUGUGUGUGUGAGGAGAGGCUUGCUGACGUGGACCAUGCUUGCGUGACUCAGAGUUCCCCACCUUAGACAGAACUGAUCCGCCAGUGGUCACAGUUGAUAGUGCUUAUUGUGUGGAGUGUUACAGCAGCCAACGAACAUUACUCUGAAAGCAUAAUGCUCGGGAGAAACAUUCUUCAUUUGUGGGUGGUUGUGGCGAUAGUGGUGGCGGCCACGGGCGUAGAGGUGACCCUUGCCUCCACCCAAGCAGACACAGGUGGAAAGAGCGACGCUUCUCGUCUACAGGAGGUCCAGGAAGAAUUUUUAAAUGUUGUAGGCAAUUCGACGAUGUCUAUCAAAACUGUAGGUGACUUGAUGGCGAUCCUACACUCUCAAACUGGUCAGCAAAUGGGUCGCCUGCUGAUGGAGGGUAUCAUGCUGGGUGCCGUUCAGAAAGACACUGGAGCACUUCUCUCAAAUUUUUGGACUCAGUUUCAGGGGCGUCUCUCUCCAGAACUCCAGGACAUACUUAAAGAUUACAGCGACUUCUUUGGAGGCUUAGACCUCGCUACCUUACCCCUCGCAUGGGAAAAAUUGUUCAAAAAAAAUGAAUUAGGGAUCAGCCUGGCGGAGAUACCCAUGGGUCAACUGGUGGAUCUUCUGCAGCCCACUGCUUCGAAAUACGGCGUGGAUCUAACGGCAUUCAUGAACUCAGUAAUGGGAAAAGGUGAAAACAACAUAAGGGAUCUCAUUUAUGGCGCUCUUGAUAACUUAGAUGUCAUGUCUCUUGUGUCACGAUUCCUAAACUCCACAUCUGCUGGCACCAGCGUGGAGACGAUAGACACUAAUCCAGAGCAGACUGUAAGAAGCAAAUCAAAGGCUGGAGGAAAGCCUAAGAAAGGAAAAGUGGACGCACCUCUGCGAUUGUUCAGACCUUUAAUAACAUCACUGUUGCGUGAAAAUAAGAUUGACCUGGAUGCUGACGCAGUACUGGAAGUGUUAUCGCCCUUGCUGAGUGGAGACCUGCUUUCCCAGGCUGCUCCGAUACUGGCUGCUCUUGGUUCCCAGGCAGGCGACGGCCUCGGCCCUCUCAUUGGCAACAUUUUGGGAGGGGUAGAUGGGAAAGACACACAAAAGCAAAUGGGUGCUCUCCUUGGCGGAGUGGGCGCCCUACUUGGAGGCGGUGGUGACCAAAGGAUGGAUCUCGCCUCUAUGAUGACCAUGGCGUCCAUGUUCUUGAACACCGGAAAAUCAAACAAAUCUAACAGAGGGAAGAAAGAAAAAAACACGAAAGAAAGUCCGGCUAUAGCGACAAAACCUGACCUCGGCACACUGGCGAGUCUGGCAGGGAAAUUAGCAGAAGACAAUGAUAUCGAUAUAAAUUCGCUCUUAGAGACAGCGAGUAGUCUUCUUACAUCAAAUCAGAAGAAAAAUACCGCAAAGACUGAGGAAAUCAAACAGGAUAUUGCUAAACCCAUUGCACAAAAGCCUCCCAAAGAAAAGACAGACUUUCAGAAAGAUCGGGACCAAGUCACAGCAUCGCCCAAAAGAGGCAGCAAAUCAAAACACCUACUUGAUUUGGUGGAGUCCAUCCUUCUCUCCAUGCAGACAGACAAGCAAUGCAACAGGAAGAUAAAGGAUGUCAUUCUCUUCAGUAAGGCUUUCCUGAAUAAGAAAUUGUCAGGUGUAGGGGAUUUGACUGAAUUACUGCCUCGUCUUGUAGCUAUGAGUGGUUCAGAUUUUAUUAGUAAAAAUGAUCUGGACAAUCUAAUGGUCACGUUGAAAAGAAACUUGGCUCAUGCUACUUGGACCGACUUGUUUGAAAGUUUACAAAGAGAGGAGUAUCGAGAAAGCCUUGGCCGGUCAAUCACUCCUACCUUAGCAGACUUGGUCACGUUGUUGGCUUCCAGUGAGGUGCAGCAACGACUAUAUGAGGCUGCCGUACCCAAGAUACAAGCCCUCUUUGCUGCAUACGGCAUGCGAGGAGUCACCAUGGACAACUUUCCUGAGCUCGUGGCUCCCAUGAUGGGCCUGGUGACCAGAGGAUGGGAUCUGCCAUUCAAGCCCACUGCCUUCCUCGUGCCGCUGAGGAACUAUCUGCAAGGCCUUCGCGAAUGGGUGGCGGCAGGUCUGGCCAGUGUGCAUGACCUGCAGUCAAAGGAGCUUGUUCAGGCUGUUGUGAGAGUAACACUGAAGGAGGUUGGUGACGGAGUAGUGACUGUGGCCAGAAAGACGAAAGGCACCAAGAGCGCGUGUUUACCUGUGGUGCUGUGCGGCAUCAACAGAGAUAUGGAACAAACUUCACUGGCGGCAGCAGCAACUCGCACGGCCAGCCUGGUAUUCGCCACGGGACCCGCCCUCGAGGAGAGCGAUUCGGCCUUGCUGAUGAAAAUUGUACAAGCAGCGUCAGGCAAGGUGGACAAGUGUGAGGAAAUGUUCUUGGAGGGAUGCACUGACCUUGGACCUGAGGAGGCAAACCAGGCAUAUGGGCACAUAGAGUUGUGAGUGUGGUGGAGAGGCAACCAGGACAUGCAUCCUAACUUUGAAUGUUGAUUAUAAUAUGAUCCACUUUAACUUAAUUGAAAAAUUCAUCACCUGCACACUUAUUUAACUAUUCAUUCUCACAAACAGGAAUGUAUUUCAACUGUACAUAUUCUCUGAGGGCAUUCAUCUACCUAAGAUAUUGUUUAUCUUUUAGAGUGUAUUUGUAAAUAGGCAAUAAAUCACUGAGUAUGUACGUAUUCAUAAACCUUUAACCAUAUUUUUUUUACUUACUACACCUGUAAUUUGUAAGGAACUUUUUGUACUGAACUACAGUUUGUAAGUGGUUUUAAAUGCAUAUAAUUCCUUCA